AGAAUAUUUUUAAAAAUGGUUGAACUACGACGAGUUAUGGGUGGACGAACAAAAAAAAAUUCUCCUCCAAUUUUUUCGCAUGAAUUUAUUAUACAAAAUCAUGGCGAUAUUAUGUCAUGCAUUUUAAUGAUUUUUAUCGUUGGUCUUAUUUUUCAAGGAACUACGGCUUUUGCUAGCAUUUUUAUUGUCCCUCAGUAUAACGAAACAAUCUCUGUUGCUGCAGAUUCAGCCCCCCAACAAUAUUAUCGAACAGGAUUAAAAGACAUCGGUGCCGUUUUUUUUUAUACUAUUGCGUGGAUUACUUUGCAUGCAGUUUUGCAAGAAUAUAUUUUCGAUAAAUUGCAAAGAAAAUUGCACUUGAGUAAAACAAAAAUGAGUAAAUUUGCUGAAUCCGGCCAACUUUUCGUAUUUUCUUUAUAUUCAGCAAUACAUAGUGGUUACAUAUUGCAUGAAUUACGUGUACACACCGAUCUUACGAAGUUAUGGAUUGGAUACCCGGAAGUUCAUCGUUAUUUGACUCUCCAACUAAAAUUUUUCUUUAUUUUACAGAUUGCUUAUUGGGUCCAUCAGUUUCCAGAGUUUUAUUUCCAAAAAGUUCGCAAGGAUGAUGUGCAACCUCGUAUAAUCUAUUCUAUAAUAUUUUUAUUUUUCACUAUCGCUGCCUAUAUUCUAAACUUCAACCGUCUUGCGCUUACAUUACUUUUCCUGGAAUAUAUUUCUCAAUGUGUUUUUCACUUGACUCGUCUUUUCCAUUUUGCAGAAAAAUGGGCAGUCGCUAAGCAUGGGUUCAAGAUAUGGAACAUCGUAUUUGUAAUAGUGCGGCUAAUGAGUGCUGUCAUAACGGUGUUGACCUUAUGGUAUGGUUUGCGUUCUAAUGAAACUCCUUAUAUGGACCCUAUAAAUGGAAAUUUUAAUACGGCAUUUAUCAGGCUUAAUAGUAUGAUUUGUGUAAUCACUCUGCAGCUUUAUAUGUUAUGGAAUUUUACUUUGUUCCAUGUGCGUCGCUAUCGUGAAAAAUAUAAUAAGCCAAAAACGGAGAGACCACGCGUUCACCCUAAGAAGAAAAAGCUUGCUAACGGCAAAGUAAAUUUAUUCUGA